AUGCAAUAAGAUACUAAUACCACUUUUGAAAUAGCUGAUGGUCAAUAGUAAUAUUAGGCACCUCUUUAGACAUAAACUUAAUAAGGUAAUGUUUAAAAUAUUUAGAAUUAGUUGUGUAUACAUAACCCAUGAACACAUAUUAGUCUCAACCAUAAUAUCCUCCUCCACCUCUUAAUCCUCAAUAAAAUAUUAUUGUUUAGGGUGCUCCUUGUAAAUUUUAUGAUUAAUAAAUUAUAGAUUAAGUUGGAUCUCCUCCAGGUUAAUAAGAGUUAAUUGUAGUAAAUGCUUAAUUAGGGAAUACAACACAAUCUUAAAUACUUUGUAAUUAAUCAAGAUUCCCAAUAUUAAUGACAUGCCCAUAUUGCUAAAAGUAAGGAACAACAAGGAUAGAUUUUUAAGCAGGAUCAGGAACUUGGUGUUGUUGUUUCAUAUUAUUUUUAUUUGUAUGCUGUAUUUGUUGGAUUCCAUUUGUGGCUGACGGUUGUAGAGAUGCAAAUCAUAUGUGUCCAAGUUGUGGACAACUUGUUGGAUCAUGUCCUUAUAAAGUGUGUGGAUGA